AUGCGAUACCCUCGGAUUAAGAUGCAUAAUAGAACGCAUGACAAUUUGAAUCAGUUUCUGAAACACUUUGAAGAAGUGUUGAAGUUUUGGAAAGAAGGACUGAAAGUCAAAAAACUAUUCAUUGAAAUCGGAAACGAAAACCAUUUGAUACCGAUUCUAUCUCAUAUCAAUACGAUGACUCUACAAACCAUUGAGAUUGGCAAUGCAUCCCUUCAAAGAGACACUCCAAGCUAUUUAGACAUUGAGAAUGCUACCAAACUAGAACAGUGGCUACAAGCAAAGCAACUGAUAGCGAAAACGCAUGUCAUAACUACACCAAUCGAAAAACUGAAUUUAACUCAUUUUGUCAAAGGGGAUAUAUUGGUGGCGCAUUUAUCUGCAAGAGAUAUAUUAUACCUGAAAGAGAGAUUCCUCCUGUCUCAAACGCUUCAAAAAUUCAAAAUCACUACGAAAAACAGAUCCGCUGGUGACAAUCCUGAACAUUUACUACUUGUGUUUUGUCUUCUGGCUUUAUCUGUCCUUCCUUCUUUUUCUUAUCCAUCUGAUUUGAGCCUAGAUGCCAUGGAAGCUUUUAAUACCGAUGACAUCGCAGAUGAAUCUCCUCGUGUCAAGAGAUAUGGUGGCUGGGGAGGACGUGGUGGAUGGGGAGGCGGCCGUGGAUAUUAUGGAGGACGUGGAGGCGGCUGGGGACGUGGAGGAGGAUGGGGACGUGGCGGAGGAUGGGGACGUGGAUAUCGUGGAUGGGGAAAGUAA